AUGCUCUGGCUGAGUAUUUUGAUAUCCAAUGAGGUUUCGAUAAGGCUAACCCAGGAAGUUCUAGAGGCACGAGAAAAUUCUUCGGAUUCUAAUGAGCAGGUGGCCGAUGGAACAGCAGAAAUUUCGGUUUUUGAAGGCUUUUCGAGGAGAUUUCUGAAUGAGAAGUGGAUAGGGCGUUAUGAUGCUACUCAAGAGUACGUCGAAUUUCACAAUAACGAGUGGCGACCUCUCUCUUCUGAUGAUCUUGAGUUCAUUCAGCAGCUUUGGUAUGAACAGGAGGCAGCCGAAACACAGUGGAAUGCAGCCAAGCAAGAGUGGGAACGAGUAGAAGAGCCAGUUGAUGAAGAUUUCAUAGCCAGUUAUCAAGCCAAUUAUGGUGUUCCGUAUGAUUACAGUAAACUUGAUGAAGAAAGGAAAGCAGCUGAAUUGGAAAGAGCGAAGAAUAAUAAAUCUGCUGAGAAGAAAGAGAAGAAGGCAAAAGCUGCUACAGAGACGCAAGGUUGGGUUGACAUGGAAGAGAAGGUCCACGCUGUCUAUGUUAGCAAUCUUCCUACUGACAUAACUAUGGAUGAAUUCAAGUUCAUGUCAAAGUGUGGCGUUAUUCAACCAGAUGCACGCACGAACAAGCCGAAAUUAAAGUUGUACGUCGAUGAACAGGGACAGCUGAAAGGCGACGGAAGAUGCUGUUAUAUUAAGAAGGAAUCUGUCGACCUGGCCCUUUCGAUUCUUGACGGUUAUCUACUAAAAGGAAAGGAAGUUCAUGUAGAGAAAGCUCAUUUUGAACUUAAAGGAGAGUUUGAUCCAACAAAGAAGCGUAAAAAACUCACCAAUGCGCAGAAGAAAAGAUAUAUGGAAAACCAGAACAAAAUCUUUGAAUGGAGACCAGAGAAGCCGCGUAAUUAUCGUCCACUCUCAGACUGCACUGUUGUGAUCAAAAACUUGUUCACUUUGGAAAUGAUGGCGGUUCGCCUCUUUGCGCCUACGAAUUUAAUUUGUAAUAAUCCUGAAGGCGUAGUUACUGUAACAUUUGAAACAACGGAUUCAUCCGAUAUGGCCGUCAAAAUGCUAAACGGGCGGCUUGUGGAUGGGCGAAGGUUAGCUUUGUGGGAUGGUAAAACGAAAUACAAAGUAGAGGAAAGUGAAGAAGACAGGAAGCGACGAUUAGCAGCAUGGCAAGAUUACAUAAAAGGAGACACCGCGAAGAAAGAGAAGGUAGCCGACGAGAAAAAGAAAGAAGUAGAAGAGAAUGUCAAACAAGACGAAGCUGGAGCUACACCUGAGAAGAUACCGAAACUCGAUGAUAAUCCACAAUAA